CCUGAAUUUCAAGGACCCUGAGGCUGUGAGAGCUCUGACAUGUACCCUCCUGAAAGAGGAUUUCGGGCUUACGAUUGACAUCCCUGUGGAGAGGCUCAUUCCUACCGUUCCCUUGAGGCUGAACUACAUCCACUGGGUGGAGGAUCUCAUUGGUCACCAGGAUGCUGACAAGCAAGUCCUUAGACGAGGCAUUGACAUAGGGACAGGGGCAUCUUGCAUCUACCCGUUGCUGGGAGCCACUUUGAACGGCUGGUAUUUCCUCGCAACAGAAGUGGAUGACAUGUGCUUCAAUUAUGCCAAGAAGAAUGUGGAACAGAACAACUUGUCUGAUCUUAUAAAAGUGGUUAAGGUACCACAGAAGACUCUUCUAAUGGAUGCACUGAAAGAAGAAUCUGAGAUCGUUUAUGAUUUCUGCAUGUGCAACCCUCCCUUUUUUGCCAACCAGUUGGAAGCCAAGGGAGUGAAUUCUCGAAAUCCACGGCGUCCCCCUCCCAGUUCUGUAAAUACAGGAGGGAUCACAGAAAUCAUGGCUGAGGGGGGAGAACUAGAAUUUGUCAAACGAAUUAUUCAUGAUAGUCUACAACUUAAAAAGAUGUUACGAUGGUACAGUUGCAUGUUGGGGAAGAAGUGCAGUUUAGCACCAUUGAAAGAGGAACUUCGAAUCCAGGGGGUUCCUAAAGUGACUCAUACUGAAUUCUGUCAAGGACGCACCAUGAGAUGGGCCCUGGCGUGGAGUUUCUACGAUGAUGUACAAGUACCUUCACCUCCCUCUAAAAGAAGAAAAUUGGAAAAACCCCGGAAACCAAUUACAUUUAUGGUCUUGGCUUCUACAGUCAAAGAGUUAGCUGUCAAAGCUACAGCUAUGGGCUGGGAUGCUGUAGAAGCCAUUGCUGUGGUUAGAGCCUGGAUAGAGAAGAUUCUGACUGACCUGAAGGUUCAGCAUAAACGUGUUCCCUGUGGAAAGGAUGAAGUUAGCCUGUUUGUGACUGCCAUUGAAAACUCCUGGAUUCAUUUGAGGAGAAAGAAACGAGAGAGAACAAGGCAGUUAAGAGAGCUUCCCCGAGCUUCUGAAGAUACUCCGCAAGCAAUGGAAGAGGAAAAAAACAGCCAGAAGAGUGUGAACAACAGUUCAGACUGUGAAAACCCCAAGACUGAAGAUUCUGAAAUGGGGUUUAUGGCACCUGAUGAGGAUGUCCAUUUGACUGCAGGUGACGUGCUAACGGAAGAAUCUGCUGUUAAAGAAGAACACAGUGAGCAUGUGAAGGAGGAGGAGACAGAAGCGAAGCAGGGAGAAACAUCACUUGGCAAAGGUUCCAGUAAUGCAAAGGAGGAACCUUGCCCUUCAGAGGAAACCAGCGAUCUGACAGUUGAAAAAGAACAAAGUUCCAAAGAAACAAGUAGAUGUUUUCUCUUUAAGUGUUUAAUGAAUGUGAAGAAAGAAGGAAAUGAUGUGUUAGUAGAAAUGCACUGGGUUGAAGGACAGAACAGAGACUUGAUGAACCAGCUGUGCACAUACUUACGGAACCAAAUUCUUCGACUGGUUGCUAGUUAG